AUGUCCCUAAGUUAUGCAUUUUUCCGAUAUAACUAUUUGACAGUGUACUCCAGACUGCCACCUGAACAACACCGUCAGAAACCGAAGUUGGACUUGUUUCUGGACUCUAGAUCAGAGGCCCAGAGUGGAUCAGGAACGUCAACCUAUCUGGAUGAUUUCUUAAGUGCAAUUAAAGUAUUUGGCUAUCUUGAUAGAAAAGUGUUCCAUGAACUGACGAAGCAUAUGACUACUUAUAAGCUACAGGCUGGGGAAACCGUCAAGCUCCAGGAUUUGAAAGGUUUUGCCAUCGUAGUAGAUGGUUCUGUGGAAGUAUUUGUAAAGAAACAAGUAGACUCUACCACUUCAUCGAUCGAUAAAGAUAGCAUUGAUAAAGAUCUACCCUCUUCGAAUCAUGAAACUAUUGAUGGAGAUAACUACCAGCUUUUGAAUGAGGUCAAGAAAGGAGCCCCCCUUAGUUCUCUCUUUACUAUUCUGUCUUUAUUCACUGAAAAUUUGGACGGGAACAAGGGUGUACAGAAAAAUAACGCCACAGUUGGGCCUGGUGGACCCACUCGAAUGAGGUCAGCUCGUGAUACUGUCAGGCCCUCUGAUUUCAACUUGAACAGCCCUCAGCUCCGUCCUCAGGGCAGUAAUAGCCCUGUAUUCGAACCUGUUCUACAAGCAGCCAAUGGAUUGGGUUUAGGGACUCAAGUUCGAGACAUACCUGAGAGAGCUACUGGCAGCGGACUCAAUAGCGAUUCAGUGCAUGUGCCCUUUCCUGAUACCUCCAAUGUCUCUUCUAUGUCCGCUUAUGAACUUAUGUCCCCUGGUGAUGGAAACGAAACAGAUGAGUCUUCUAUGGCAGAGUCGCCGAUAAUUCCAAUCUCUAUAACUUCUCCCGUAGCAUCUACAGCGGCUAGAAUGGGUGGUACUGAUAUAAGUCGAAUCCGCAGCCAGGGCCAUUCUCGCAAUGGAAGCCAAAAUUACACUUCGAGCCAUGGACACUCUAGUGGUAAUGUCCGUAAUGGGCAGAAUUUCUCUCAGCAUUCUCAUCAGCAUCAGCAGCAUCAACAUCAGCACCAGCAACCACAUGUACAUCAGCAGCCACAUCUUGCACACAAGUCAAGACGUAGAACAAAAAAGCACCAGCCCCCUAAUAGCGCAGCAACAGGAUUUGAAGUUAUCUCCCAAGAUAUUAUUUCAAGGGCAAUGGUCAACUCAACAAUUGCAAUUAUUCCUGAAGAAGCGUUUAGAAAACUAACUUGGAAGUAUCCAAAGGCUGCUUCCCAUAUUGUGCAAUUGAUUUUGACCCAUGUUCAGAGGGUCACUUUUCAGACGUGCCAUAAUUACUUGCGACUAACUGGAGAGGUAUUCAAAACUGAAGAAAAGAUAAAUAAACUUGCCCCACCUUCCAAUUCCAUUCCUCGUUACUUGCACGAUAGUGCUAUUAGGCGGCUGGCCGAGAAAGCCAAGGAGUUUCAAGAUGAUGAAAUGGUGUCUUUGAAGCCUCGAAACAUAAAACGAAGUACGACAAAGCUCAGUAAUACACUAUUGAGAUCAUCAUCCCGUCAAGUAGUGUUGGAACCAGAUUCAUCGCAUCCCGGCGACUUGCUGUCCAACGUUCCUUUAUCGAGCAGACAAUUUGGUCAAGGAUGGGCCCCUUUACCAAUUGAUAAUGUAGGAUUUAAGACGUCAAUCAAUUUCACUAGCGACAAUGACAGCGAAGAUGCUAUUAUGAGAAGCGUUUUUGCUGAUUGCAUAUUCAAGAUACUAGGGUUCGACGAGGCUCUAAUUAGAAGCAAGAGACCCUCAACUAGUGGCCCGGGGGGACCCCAAUCUCCAUUUUCGCCAACAUUAUCUGCCGAAUCGAGCCCUCUUUUCUUACCAGUCUCUGAAUCCUCGAGAUAUUCGGGCAUUCGCUAUCGUCAAGGAAGAACACGUCAUGACACAGCUAGUGGCUACACAUCGUUUAGUGAGAGUAGAAAUACAGGCACUGAGGAUGAUUCUGGUAGUAAUGCAACAUCUAUCUCAGAGUACGAAAGUGCUCAGUCCGAGGCUUCGCGAUAUCUUGAAGUGGAAUUCCAUCGUAAAGGAGCGUAUCUUUGCAAACAGAAUGAGCGGUGUCCAGGUAUCUAUUUUGUCAUAGACGGAGUGUUGGAAGUUGGAUUUACAGAAAAAUCUGGUUCUUAUAAAGUUCUUCAUACCGUCAAAUCUGGCGGUAUUGGCGGUUUCUUGGGUACUAUUUUGGGAUAUAAAUCUUUCUGCGAUAUUAAAGCUAAGACAGACGUUUAUGUGGCAUUCCUUCCUCGGUCAGCUCUUGAGUUAAUAUCUGAUAAGUAUCCCAUGUUUUAUAUCGGUGUGGCUAAAACAUUGACAAAUGUGCUUGAUAGAUUAAUCCUUCACCUAGAUUUCGCUCUGGAAUGGGUUCAAAUACCUGCUGGUCAUGUUGUGUUCAACCAAGGGGAAGAUGCAGAUGCUCUUUAUUUCGUUCUGAAUGGCAGAUUGCGGUCACUAGCAGAUGGCACCCCUGAACACCAGAGUAACAAUAGUAGCAGCAAUAGUAACGUUGUCGAAGAAUUUGGUCAAGGAAGUAGCGUGGGAGAGCUAGAGGUACUGACAUCUUCCAAGUAUUUGAAUACGUUGCAUGCAAUUCGUGACUCUGAAUUGGCUAGGUUUCCGAGGUCAUUGUUCGAAAGUUUGUCAUCCCAACAUCCGUCUCUAACAUUUGAGAUCACGCGUUUGCUAGCGUCUCGAAUUAGCCGUAAAUUGGGCAAAGAGACCACUAUCGAAGAUUUGUCUAAGUCGACGUUUAGAACAAUUGCUGUAUUACCUAUCACUAAUGGCCUUCCAGUAACAGAAUUUUCAGAGAAGUUGCUUGCUGCAUUCAUUGACACUAACCGAGGGGCUGUAUUGUUAAACAAUGCAACCAUGUUGACAUACCUUGGUAGGAAUGCGUUCAACAAAAUGGGUCUUCUUAAACUAUCGGGAUAUCUGUCAGAACUUGAGGAGAAGUAUCAGACAGUCAUCUAUGUUGCUGAUGCCAGCGUAAAAUCGCCUUGGACGCAAAAAUGUAUCACACAAGCAGACUGUAUACUGCUUUUGGCGGACGCAAUGCAGGAACCUGACAUAGGUGAAUAUGAGCAUUUGCUUGUGAAGAUGAAGGCCAUGGCCCGAACAGAUCUUAUUUUGUUACACCCCGAAAGAUAUGUGGCACCUGGAUCCACUGCGUUAUGGCUUAAAAAUAGAAUAUGGGUCCAUUCUCACCAUCAUGUUCAGAUGGUAGUUCCGCACCAAGACCGUCAUCAUGCUCAUCGACCAGGAGGAUACGGCCAAAAUAUUAUUAGGGCUCGUGGAACCUUCAAAAAGUUCCGUGACAAAGUUCAGUCAAUUCAAGCAGAAAUCAUCACAAAAUAUCGUUCCAAUCGCAUGCCUAUUUACUCCAGUUCACUCGUUCAUAAAAAUGAUUUUAACAGACUCGCACGGGUAUUGUCUGGUAGAGGUGUGGGAUUAGUUUUAGGCGGAGGGGGUGCUAGAGGUCUUUCACACAUCGGCGUUAUCCGUGCCUUAGAGGAAAAUGGUAUCCCAAUUGAUUUCAUUGGUGGCACUUCUAUAGGGUCAUUUAUUGGUGGACUUUAUGCAAGAGAAUAUGACCUGGUACCAAUAUUUGGUAGGGCCAAAAAAUUUGCAAGUAGGGUUUCCAGCUUGUGGCGUAUGGCUUGGGACUUGACAUAUCCUGCGACAUCAUAUACAACUGGUCACGAGUUCAAUCGUGGUAUUUGGAAGACGUUUGGAGACAGCCGAAUUGAAGAUUUCUGGCUGAAGUUUUAUACCAACACCACGAACAUCACACACUCUAGAAUGGAGAUUCAUACUAGCGGCUACGCAUGGAGAUAUAUUCGAGCUUCUAUGUCGCUUGCUGGCCUUUUACCUCCUUUGACAGAUAAAGGAUCCAUGCUGCUAGAUGGAGGAUACGUUGAUAAUCUGCCUGUGUCGGAAAUGCGUCUACUAGGAGCGAAUGUCAUUUUCGCUGUAGACGUGGGUAGUAUCGAUGACACUACGCCUAUGGAAUACGGUGACACACUUUCUGGUCUGUGGGUUGUUUUUAAUCGUUGGAAUAUAUUUUCGCGUCACCCCAAUGUUCCAAAUCUGGCCGAAAUCCAGCAGCGCUUGGCUUAUGUUUCGUCUGUCGGUGCAUUGGAAAAGGCCAAGGCUACUCCUGGAGUGUUCUACAUGCGACCACCUAUAGACAACUACGCUACACUUGAUUUCGGAAAGUUUGAUGAGAUCUGGUCAAUCGGUUCGCAAUACGGACACGAAACAAUUGACAGGUGGAAACGAGAGGGGAAGUUAUCACAGGUUCCAGGUGUGGCCCUUAGUAAUGGUGAGAAUCCGCGUCGCAACGUAUCUCGCCGUAAUUCUAUUUAG